AUGAAGGUCGAGUCCCCUCGCGUCGUGUUCUUCUCCAGGGCUAAGGUAAGCCCUUAUCGGAUUCCUCUGUCCUCUCUCUACUCGAAUCCAUCGCUGACGGGCCAACCUUUCAUACGUGCCCACAGGCGUUUUCGCCGACGCCCCCAGUUCCCUCGCUUUCACCGUCGUCCUCGCCGCCUCUCUUGCACUGCAGUCGAGGCUUCGCGCAUCAGCAUGCGAUUCGACACGUGACAGAAUCGCCGAUAUGUUGGCAACGGCGUCGCUAGAAGGAUUGGAUCAAGAUUUCAUCGACCAACGGAUCUUGCCUCGGGUCCUCGUGUGCGAACCAGCCGCCUUGGUCUACCAAGUUUUCGGCAUGGAGCCGGACCGUUUCGGCCGACAAGUACAAAACGCACAGAACCACAGCAAAAAGGUGAAGAUUAUCCGCGCUUCGUACGACACCGACUGUGGGCGCCAGAGUUGCUUGCAGACCGUAGAUUGGGCGUCGCAGGCGGCACACCUGGUGAGUGUCGUGUGGAGCUGGACAGAAGACAUCGCGACACGCCCGGCUGCUUUGCGCUCACCACUUUGCUCUCCCGGCCCAGGGCCAGGCGACGGGUAAUCAAGCGCACAAUCUGUUCAUCGCGGAGGUGCAGCGGCCUCCCCGUACGGCCAACUUAGGUGGACGUGGACGUGGGCUCACGGCAUCCGAGCACUCACUUACUCACACUCAAGAGUCGAAGUAUUUCCUGUCGUGCCAUCAGUCAAAGCUGUCGACGGCGGACCCAGGCCUCGGGAGCCGUAUGCUGGUCCCUAUCGCAUUCACUGGCCCCGAUUUCGAGGAGCAAUAUGCGACUUCCCACUUUCCUGUCCACCCGCUCGUCGACGUCGUGAUGGACCUUGCACAGCAUGCGCUCACGCAACCGACGCGGCUCUUCGCACCGGGUCUGGCCGUCGUGGACGGGGAUGCUUACCUUGUCGUCCUCGAUCACGAACUGUGUCGAGUGGCUGAGAUUGCGGACUGUUGGGGAGCAGGCUUCGGAGUGUUUGCUGCGGUGCUGUCGACCUUGUUCGGACUGGACAUCUACUCGAGCGGGGUUUCUCCCUUGUUCCGAUACGAGUGCUGCCGCGAGACCGGUCUCACACCCGUGUCGUUCUACACUCGAUUUCUCUGCGAAGGCGAGGACGAGGGCGCGAGCGGGGUCAAGGGUCGCACUACCGAGUUCGAGAAGGACAAGCCGAUUAGACUGUUGGUGUCCCACGUUGCCCAAGGUGGCAAGUCGUCCAUUUUUGGCCGCUGCACGUUGAUCUUCCACCUGACUCGCCCAGGCUUGGUUCAGCAAUCGUUGUCGGGUCCGACGCCAAUGUCCUCGUUCGUACUCAAGAUCCAGCUCGUUCCCAGCGACUACAGAGGCAAUGAGGCGCAUGUGCUUGAAUCAAUUCGUUUGCACCACGCAAGGGGGGACCUCGCCACCGAAACGGUUGGUCACCUUGCGCUGCCCGAGCUGACCCAGUCGUUGCCGCCGCAUUGCUCACAAACGCCCGACGAUGAGCUUCCGCAACUGAUGCACCCGGAAUAUCCCGAUGUGCCUCUGAAGGAUUCUCUUCGACGCACGCUCGAUCUGCUCCUCCUACGCAAUCCGACCGCUGAACUGCCCAGACCCGUCUCCGAGCCCGUGUCCGGCUUGCGCAAGGUCUAUCGGGUUUUUAUCAGCUGCUGGCUGUUUUGUCGGAUCUCCACGCGUCGGGCAUCCACCAUCGUGAUCUCUCACUGGGCAACAUCCUGCAUCACGACGGUCAUCUCGUUCUGAUCGACUGGGACGUCGGCGCGGUCGGUGCCAGCGUACCCGUAGCAGCUCUCGAAGGCGGUCUUUUGAGUAUGAGCCUUGCGACCGCACCCCUCGGCGCGAUCAUGUGGCACUGUAGCGGGGGCGGAAGCCGAUCGACCGGGCUUUAUGGACUGCAUCACGCACUUGGGUCGAGUAUGUACUGGUUUGUCACCGUCUUGAGGUAUCAUGUCGCCACGUCGGAUUCGGUCGAGGUGUGGGACGACAUGUGGUUCCCUCCACCGCAGCCGAUCAUGUUUUCCAUGGAAAUGCGUGUGGACAUGUCGCUGUGA